CGCCCCUGUGCCCCCACGCUUGUCAGUCCCCGACUUUCGCUCUGGGAGCCCUGGCUGGGUGCCGAGAGGGGGUCUGUGUCGUGUGCGACCGCCCCUCCCCUCCCCACAAGGCAGCGUCCUGUGAAAAAGAAAGGUACCUAUUAGGAUGAAUGUGAUUUGGAGAAAUUAUAUUUCCUGUCCAAGGAUAAGAAAAGUACCUCACAGAUACCAAAGUGGUUGUCACCCAGUGGCCCCUCUGGGAUCAAGGAUUUUAACUGAUCCAACAAAAGUUUUUGAACAUAACAUGUGGGAUCACAUGCAAUGGUCAAAAGAAGAAGAAGCAGCAGCCAGAAAAAAAGUAGAGGAAAACUCAGCUGUGCGAGUCCUUUUGGAAGAGCAAGCCAUAAUUAUGAGUUUGAUUGAGCUUCCUUGGGGUCUCAGAAGCUGUUAUACAUUGCUGGGAACUGUGGAAUUGUCAGCAUUGAUUGAAGUUAAGUAUGAGAGUGAAGCCAGUAAAUAUUGGGACACGUUUUACAAGAUUCAUAAGAAUAAGUUUUUCAAAGAUCGUAAUUGGCUAUUGAGGGAAUUUCCUGAAAUUCUUCCAGUUGGUCAGAAAACUGAAGAGAAGGUGAAAGAAUUAUCAUGGAAUCAUGUAAAAAUUAAUGCCGAAAGUUUUUUCUCAAAAAUGCACUGCCCUACUAUGCCUGAAGAAAAAAAUCAUUAUAAAGAAAGUUCUGGCUCAUCAGAUGGUCAAAGCAAAGCAGGAUCUGACUUUUCUAAAUUGGACUCUGAAGAAUACAGAGAAAGACCUCUGAAGACUGAAUUGUUUCCUGGUAGCAAUGCUACUUUCAGAAUCCUUGAGGUUGGCUGUGGUGCUGGGAAUAGUGUUUUUCCAAUUCUGAACACUUUGCAGAAUGUGCCAGAGUUCUUUCUUUAUUGUUGUGAUUUUGCUUCUGGAGCUGUGGAGCUAGUAAAGUCUCAUGCAUCGUACAGAGCAGCCCAGUGCUGUGCCUUUGUUCAUGACGUUUGUGACCAUGGCUUACCCUACCCUUUUCCGGAUGGGACCCUGGAUGUCAUUCUCCUCGUCUUUGUUCUGUCUUCUAUUCAUCCUGACAGGAUGCAAGGUGUUAUAAACCGACUGUCCAAGUUACUGAAACCUGGGGGAAUGCUGUUAUUUCGGGACUAUGGAAGAUAUGAUAAGACUCAGCUUCGUUUUAAAAGGGGACAUUGUUUAUCUGAAAAUUUUUAUGUUCGAGGAGAUGGCACCAGAGCAUAUUUCUUUACAAAAGAGACCCCAGUCCAAAUUGAUAAUCAUCUAAAUGGGUUUAAGAGCAGAGAACUUCACCUGCCAAGUGGGUCUACUUUUCUUGAAGAUAUGCUUUUCUUUUGGGGUCAUGGGUUGUUUCCAGUAUCCCAGAGGCGUCUAUGUUGGUUUCUUGAGCCCUGUUCAUUUAAGACCUUUCUGAGUUGUUUGAAGAGUGGCAGCUUAUCCUCCACUGAAAGGAAUGUACCCACAUCCCACUCCCCAGGUAAGAACACCUCUGAGCCGUUGAACAUGGGUGAGAAUUUUGAAGUCUUCUGAGUGUCCAAAUUCUUAAUGAGAAUGCAGAAUUUCAUUCAAUUUAAAAAAUACUUUUGUAAAAACAAAAAAAUGCCUCUUGUAAAGGAAGUAGAACAUACAAAUGAGCAAAUAGGAAAAAAAAAAUCUAAGUCACACCACUCACCUUGAUAUUUUUCUUGCCACACACCAUACACUAUCUUAUUACCUACUUGUUUUACUCAAUAUUCUUUCACAAUGCAUACGUAUGUCAUUACAAUAUACAUUUUAAAUAUCUUACCAUUUUAUUUGUCAAUUAUACUUCAACAAAGCUGAAAAAAAAACAGGUACCAAGUGGUAACAUAUUUCUUCCCAGCCCCUCUCUAUCCUCCUGGCUUGAUCCCUACAAUAAUUUUUUGGUUUUUGGCCGCACUGCAUAACCUGCAGGAUCUUAGUCCUCAAUUAGGGAUGUAACCCAGGUCCUAGCAGUGAAAGCACCAAGUUCUAACCACCAGACUUCCAGGGAAUUCCCUACAAUCACUUUUUAACUCAUUUGUGUUUACAAAAUAUAAAGCAUUUUUCCUCCUCGUUAAUUUUGCCACACCUACUGUGAACCAGUUGCUGUACUUUCAGAGAGGUCAAAGUGGGAUCCCUACCAUCAAGGAGUCUGCUCUCUAUGUAGGGAAGCAAAACCCAUAUUCUUGGAAAAAAACACAAAUAACAUAAGGCUGUAAAAAAUGACACAAGGAAGAGAACAAGAUGGCAGAGGAGUAGGCAGACGUGGGGUACAUCUCUCUCCAUAGAUACAUCAGGAAUACACCUUCAGACACAGAAGUGCAUGCAGAACACCAGCUGAGAGCGGACAGGAGUCCCUGACUGGAAAAAAAGAAUAUAUAGACUCACGCAAAACUCGGUAGGACAAAGGAACUAGGGGGAAAAACAGGAGCAUUAGUAGGACUGCACCUGCCCUCCGUGGGUCCGAGUCCCACAGCGGGGCAAUUGUCUGAGUCAGAGGAGAAACAUUUAAGGCUGAGAGUGAAACAGCUAGUCUGUGGCAGCCUAAAUGGAAUGAGAAUCAGACAGUCCUUGCCACAGCCUGGACAGGGACGUAGAUCCUCCGGAAGGUGCAGUAGCUGGGAGCUGGAGUUUAGGGAUUGUGGAGCAAGAGCUGCUGUUGACUACAGAGAGACAGAUCGAGGAGAUGGGAGGGAGGAGAUUGUGGUGGGAAAUGCUGGUGGAGGAAAGUCGGGCAGCCAUGGAAGCAAGGUGACAGUACUGAGCCACGCAUAGGUACUGGAGCCAUCACCAUAGCCUCUCUCUCCCCACAUGCCAGUAUCGGCAGCUGAAGGACAGGCUGGCCCAUCAAACUCCUGAUGCACUGAACCACAGAGUAAGAUCCCACCCAGGGUGCGCCUUUAAGUGCCUGACGCACCAAUCUACAAAGUAGGACCCCAACCGGG